AUUUGCUGCGCCCGUGUUCCUUCCAUUUUUUUCCAACUACAUCGUUUCUCUCUGACAGAUAAUAUGGAUAUUGAUUCGCUGUUUGGAGUGAAGGGCAAGGUGGUCCUUGUGACGGGAGGCUCGCGCGGAAUCGGCAAGAUGAUUGCAACGGGCUUUGUUCGUAAUGGUGCCAAGGUCUUUAUCUCCGCACGCUCGGCAAAGGACUGCGAGUCUACCGCCGUGGAGCUGAACAAGCUCGGUCCAGGAAGCUGCAUUCCCGUUCCCGCUGAUCUCCAGAAGUUAGAAGAGGUCCACAAGUUGGUGAAUUUUGUUUCUGAGAAGGAGAAGGUGCUCCAUGUGCUCGUGAAUAACGCGGGUGCGACAUGGGGCGAUUCGAUCGAUUCCUAUUCUGAUCAAGCGUGGAGCAAGCUCCUCACACUGAACGUUCAGCGGGUCUUCACCCUUACCCAGAAGCUACUACCUCUGCUCCGUGCAGCAGCAGAGCAAGCUGGACACGAGUCCGAUGGGAGCUGGAAAGACCCAGCGAGAAUCAUCAAUAUCGGAAGCAUCAAUGGAGAACGUGUGCCAGGGAUGGAGACGUAUGCUUAUAGCGCCUCCAAGGCUGCACUUCACCAGCUCAGCAAGCAUCUAGCACUCAGGUUAGGCAGCGAGGGCAUCACCAGCAACGUCCUUGCUUGCGGACCAUUCGAAUCUAAGAUGAUGGCCCACACUCUGCGGACCGCCAAGGACAUAGUCGUUGCCGGCCUUCCGAUGGGCCGCAUCGGCAGCCCUCAAGAUGUAGCGGGCGCAAGCAUCUGGCUCUCGAGCAAGGCCGGCGCGUGGGUCACGGGCGCUACGAUCCCGGUCGAUGGGGGACAUCUGGUAUUCACGACAACUAAGCUCUGAGGCCAAGAGGCGUCAGAUAGGAUUUUCGUAUAGAGAGAGUGCGGCUCAUGCGGUAAUGUAUCGUUAUCCUUCUACUUGCUCGGCACAUGCCUGGUAGUGAUUCUUUUGUUCUUCCACCGGCGAAGGCGGGAAGAAGCAACAUGUAAUACGGACAGCUGAUUUUUG